UCCCCUCCACUGUCCCCAUCACAGACUCGGUUCCUCCAGCUGUUCACUCCCUUUCAGCUGCCCCCGCCUGAGUUUUUUGGGAUUUUCUCRCUCACCCCAAACCCUUCCAGGGCAGGAUUUCCUCCCCAGGAGGGUGGAAAUCCGCGGAAAGCGCUGGAAGCGCCUCUGGCACAGUCCAGCCCCACAUCCUGCCUGCUCUGGAGAGCAGAGAGCUCGCACCGAGCUAUUAAUAGGAAAAAAAUCAGCUGGAAAGGCAGGAAACUGCUCCAAAACAGAGCCGCCGCAGCAGCAUGCCGUUCUCCUGACGCCGGCUCCCGGCAGCAUCGGCGGCGAUGUCCGGCCCGCGGGGCCCCGGCGAGCACUGGCCGGCGCUGGAGUCGGUGGGGCUGAGCCGCAAGGAGCUGGCGCUGGCCGAGGCGCUGCAGAUGGAGUACGACGCUUUAUCGCGGCUCCGGCAGGACAAGGAGGAGAGCCGAGCCCGGCGGGAGCAGCUCCGCGAGCGGCCGCUCAUCUCCUGGGAUGACCCCUCGGAGCGCAGCGCCAUCAAAGCGGCGCGGGGUUUGUCCGGCUCCGACCCCGCGCUCUGCCACAACAACGGCCCCGCUGUCCCCGAGGGUCCCCGAGCGCCCACCGGGGAUUACCUGUUCAUCUUCCCGGGAUCGGGGCGGGAUCUCCUCGGGGAGUCCCUCAACGGCUCCGAACCCCACAACGGCGGCGGCUCCCCCAAGAAACUCUCCCCGCCACCGCUGCCCCCGCGGCUGCCGCUUUGGGGCUCYCCCGAGGGUGACCGGCGCUCCGGGAAAGGCUCAUCCCCACCCUGGGGCUCUCCCGAGGGUGACCGGCGCUCCGGGAAGGGCUCCCCGCCGUCCCCCGAGGGUCGCGGCCAUCCCCGAGACAUCAACACCUUCUCGGGGACGCAGGACAAGCUGCUGGGGCGCCGCAUCUGCCGCCAGGAUCCCUAUGGACUCGACGCCAUCGCCUGCCUCAACCUCAAAUCCACCUACGAGUCCGAGGCGCUGCGGGAAUCGUCCCGUGGAUGGAAGGAGGGCAGGAAUAUCCUGGAGAAGGAAUCCAGCGGCAAGCCGGUGGCGCGGAGCAAGACCAUGCCCCCGCAGGUGCCGCCGCGGGCGUGYGGGAAAAACCUGGCGCCCAACAGGAACCGCAGGAUCUCCGUGGAGCCGGGGCUUUAG